CGGGAGAGAGAGGGAGAGAGUUGGGAACGACUUACUAAUUCAGGAAAGAAAAGUCACAUAACAUCCUGCUGAUAAGGAAAGUGUCACGCCUCUAUCUCGGACAUUUAAAGCUGCUGCUACUGCAUCAUCACAUCAUCCAGACUAGAGAGCUGAACCUGGAGCAACUGUAACCAGAGAGCAACAUCGAGAGGAAACAUCUGCUCGACUAAGUCAUCUUCAGAAAACGACUGAGAGGAAGAAACAGUAGAAAGAUGAGUGCUGCUCAGAGUCAAACCACACUGGAGUCCCUGCAGUGCCACUUCACCUGGGACCUGGACCGCAGCAGGCCGAAACUUUUACGUCUCACGCACAAGAUGGAGGACUUCAGCAAAGAGAAGGGAAAUAGAUGGCUGGGCCACAUUUACAACCUGUGGGGGUUCAUUCAGUAUAAACUGGGGUUAAAUGAAGAGGCGAGGAACUUGUUUCAGAAGGCUGCAGAGACCCUCAACAAGCUGAGAGAUGCAGAUGAGGGUCCUUGGUUAGUGGUGAACUACGGGAACCUGGCCUGGCUGCACCACCACCUGGGAGAUCUAGAGGAGAGUCAGGCUUACCUGUCAAAGGUUGAUGCCCUGAUGGAAAAAUACCCAUCUCCAUCCCAGGACGACCUCCAUCCAGAGAUCUACGCUGAAAAGGCCUGGACCCUGAUGUUCUUCGGAGAGGACAUGAUUCUGGUUGUUGAUUACUACGAGAAAGCUGCCAGGAUGCAGCCGGACAUGGUGGAUUGGAACACCAGCUAUGUCAUAUGGUUAAAGAAGGCCCAAAACUUCAGUGACACAAGGCUGGACCCUGACCUCUUGGAGAAAAUGAGACAAGCCAAGGAACGGGAUCCAGAGAACUUGUGCCUCGCUGCGCUCUACCUUGAACAACGUGCUGAUGAAGGAGAAAACAUUCGAGAUGAAGUCCGUGAGUUGGCUGGAAAUGUGAGCACUCUGUGUUGCAGUAACAGUGGCAUGUGGGCCUUACUAAACCUUCACAUAGAACACAUAUCUGUUGAUGAGGCCGUUGAUUUGGCAGAGAAAGUUCUGAAAGAACAUCCAGAUGUGCGUUAUCUGAAGAAAUUUGUUGCACUCUGCUACAGAUGGAGGAUCAUUUAUAAAAGCAGUAGUUCCCCAGAACAAAGCAUGGUGGACAGAGCAAUCGCUCUCCACGAGGAGCUGCUCUCUCUUUACCCUCACUCUUCACUCAAAAGGGAAAUAGACCUCGCAACUAUCUAUGCAAAGUCACAUCACAGCAAGGCCAAAGCUGAGCAGAUAUUUCAGAAACUGCUCAAAAAUGAACCUGCAGAACCUGAAGACAAACAGAUGCUUUACAAGAUAUAUGCAAAUUACUUAUUCUGUGAUCGAAAAAAGCCUACCACAGGUCGACACAACAUCACAUGAAGGCAGCAGCAAUACCUGAAAAAUCUUCCUUCCGUAAGAAAAGCAUCGGAACCCUGGAGAAGAAUAAAGACAGAGAAAUUGAGGAGUUUCUCAGAAACCUGCAAGAGCCAAGGCAGUAAAGAUAGGGAGGCAAAUUUAGGGGGAACAAUUUAGUCCAAGCAAAAAAAACAACAACUAAUUUCUACGAAGGCGUUUUGCUUUCAUGUGGUAAUAAAGAGCAACAGAAUCCUGAAGAAGAAUGAAAAACAGGAGGGGGGGCAAUUCUGCCAGGGCGUCCAAAAAAUAAGGAUAAAAACUAACUAAAAACUAAUUUCUUGUCAUUCAAAACUAUUUGAAAAAAAUUAAAGGAAGGUUUAUUUUUAUUAUUUUAUUAGUUAUUUUUAUUUUGGGGCUUUCAUUCAUUUAUUUAGAGAUAGGACAGUGGAUAGAGUUAGAAACGGGAGAGAGAGGGAGAGAGUUGGGAACGACUUACUAAUUCAGGAAAGAAAAGUCACAUAACAUCCUGCUGAUAAGGAAAGUGUCACGCCUCUAUCUCGGACAUUUAAAGCUGCUGCUACUGCAUCAUCACAUCAUCCAGACUAGAGAGCUGAACCUGGAGCAACUGUAACCACAGAGCAACAUCGAGAGGAAACAUCUGUUCGACUAAGUCAUCUUAAGAAAACGACUGAGAGGAAGAAACAGUAGAAAGAUGAGGUGAGUAUCUGACUUGCAUACGAAUGUUUACAUGUUUUUAAUUUAUUAAUUCCAAACCCUUUCCUAUUCGUCUUUUUCUUCCCCUUUAGCUUCAUUAUUUUAGUGUUUCAUAAGUUUACUUUUCUCACUUUGAGGCUUUUGUGACUUUU